AUGCCCCAGUCUUUAGAUGAAGAAGAAGACCCUGAGAAGAAGCUAAAUGUCCGUCUUUCAUCCUUCACAGCAGCUGAAUAUGGCGACAUGUACUCUAUACAAAAAACAGGAGCCUCCGUCGUUAACAAGAUUGAUCCUUAUGGCAAUACUCCUCUUCAUUUGGCCGCCCAACACGAUCAUGUAGCUGUUGUGGCUAUGCUCCUGGAAUUGGGAUGUCCCGCAGAUUCCCAACAAAGUGGGGCUACCCCUUUGCACAGGGCAUGUUUUUCUGGGGCCGUCUCCAGCAUGGGAUUAUUGCUGCAACAAAAUGCAGAUUUAUUGGCCAAAGAUGUCAGUUUCAAUGAUCAAAUGACGCCUCUUCACAAGGCGGCAGCUGGUGGUCGGUAUUUGGCAGUGCAACUAUUAUUACAAACCCUUCGUUCCCGAGGAGAUAGCAGUGACGGACGAUCAAUGUUGGCGGCAGCUCUGGAAGUAAAAGACAGUGCAGGUCGAACACCUUUGGAUAUAGCCAAGGAGUUUAGUUUGGUUCAAGAAACGGAAAAGGACUCGGUGGCACGAUGGGAUCAAGUGGCGGGGGGUGAGGCUGAUUGGGUGAAGUGUUCUAGACUCUUGACAGCUGCGACGCAAAGUUUGAAUGGUAUCUCCUCCCAAUCGCAGACUUCUUCUCUGGCCUACAAACUGCCGGCCGAGAUAUCUCGAUUGCGACAGGGUUGCGUCAGUUCCUUUGAUGGCGAAGAAGUGAAUAUCAAGUCAGUGACGCUGCCGCUUCAAACACGAUUUCAAUCGGUCAUUCAGCACUCCUUGGACGACGUUUCCUCGUCGGGUUCUCCACGAAGUUUGACAUCGCAAAACAAUGCCAUCAAUACCAUCACAUCUUCAUCGACUUCGCCAGCAGCAACAGGAAUCGAUCAUACUACGACUGUCAGCAGCAGUAUUCCAGUGUCAUCAUCAAUACAAGAAAACAACGAAACACCUGUGGGGAUGAAAUGUUCUGCCUGUGGAAAAGUAACAGUCGCACUGUAUCCAACAAAACAAGGGAAACUAGCAUGCAAGGCCUGCAAACGGGCCUCGGGUUUUAAAUUUUAA